GAUACAAUUUGAACGAAAUACCUUAUGAUAGUUUGAUAAAUAAGGAAAAAUUAGGACGUGGGGGAUUUGGAACAGUUUAUAGAACAAUAUCUCGUUCAUUAGAUCGUUAUGUGGCUAUUAAGGAAGUAGAGUCAGAAAAUGAAGAAAAAACCCAAAAGAUUUUUAAAAGAGAAAAAACACAUUAUCUUGUAAUGGAAUAUGCAAAUGAUGGAACGUUACGAGAUUAUUUACGAAUUCAUGAAUUAAAAUGGACAGAAAAAAUUCGAUUAACGAGUCAAAUAGCUGAAGGAAUGUCUUAUCUUCAUGGCAUAGACAUCGUACAUCACGAUUUAAAUGUUAAAAUUUCAGAUUUUGGACUUUCAAAAAAUCUUAAUAGCACAGUAGCAACUAGUAGUAAGGGAUUUUAUGGAGUAAUCCCUUUUAUUGAUCCUCGUAAACUUGAAAACCCACAAUAUCCAUAUGAUAAAAAGUCUGACGUAUACAGCAUUGGAGUGGUGAUGUGGGAGAUUUCCAGUAAUGGGCAACCCCCAUUUAGUCAAAGCAGUUGUAACAAUCCUCUUGGUCUCCUACUUAAAAUUACUACAGGGGAUCCAAAUAAACGUCCCUUGAUGGAAGAAAUUUUUCAACGAUUAAAUUCCUUGGAAUAG